AUGACCAUCACAGGUUUUGCUCAUUAAAUAUAUGAAAGUAUGGCUUCAGAGGAUGUCCUAAGCUUCUUCCAGCCAUUUUCCUCCUGGAUAUCUCGAGUCUAUGAGGCUUUACAGCAAGCAGGGGAAUCCUUAUCUUCUUCUUUGAAUAAUCUGGGAAGCAAACCAGAUCAAAAUGGAUUUGAUGGGAAAGAUGAGGAUUUAGAAGACAGUGAUGGGCUUUAUGAACGCUACUCUAUAGGUUCUGAUGAUGACAGUACUUCAAGUCAGGAGAGUGAGGAAUCUCAUCAUUCUUCAUCGUCCUGUCAAGAUCUUGCUUCACCUGAAUCAUCAGAUCUUGAUUUGUAUUGGCCUGAGCAGAAAAGAACCAUCCCUGACUCCUCAGAGGAGUGCCUUGAGGAUUCCUCCCUUGGAGUCUACCAAAGUUACAAGAGUUAUCAAGCUAUGGAAACUCUCCCCACUAUCCCUGAGGAGGAGGAACAUCUCCACUCCAAGCAAAUUAAGAGCCUUUCAUGUAGCUGGGAUGAUGGGUUUAGCCACCUGAGUUACCAGGACAACUUGUCUUCUCAUGAAGAUGACCUUCUAUCCAUCAGUUCAAGAGUGGCGGUGGAGAGCAGGGGCUCUGGACAGCCAAAAGACUCUGAGGUGGAUGUUAGUGCAACGCCCAGCCUCAGCCGACAAGAAACCGAAGGGAGUCUGGAAAUGGAAACGGCUUUCAGCAAUCAAGGGUUUGAUGGGAAUGAUGAAACUGACAGCUCAUUGGCUUGGAGUCCAGAGGAACAUGAAGAAGCAGAUGUCAUUCCAGCUCACACUAGUGCCUAUGAGCCAAUUUCAAGAUGUGGUGACUUAGAUGUCAUCUUUGAUUACAAACCAUCAAGCCAGAAAUUGGUAGUGACUAUUGUUGAAGCUAAAGAUAUCCCAGACAAGGACCGCAGUGGAGCAAGUACCUGGCAGGUACACACCGUCCUGAUGCCCAGCAAGAAACAGCGAGGAAAGACAAGUGUCCAAAAAGGCCCCAACCCAAUGUUCAAGGACAAGGUGACCUUCACUAAGUUGGCACCUGAAAUGCUGAGCAGCUUUGCCCUCCGGUUCCGCCUCUAUUCUGUGCGCAAAAUGAUGAAGGAGAGAAUGAUGGGUGAGCAGCUGUUUUAUCUUAGCCACCUCAACCAAGAGGGGGAAAUGAAGACCACACUGGUUCUGGAACCAAGGAGCAACUUAUGUAGUGGAGGCUCCCAACUGAGUCUCUCGGCCAUUUCUCACAGUGACAGUGCUUCUUCAACCCAGUCUCUGUCACACGGAGGAGUUCCAGAAUUGCUGGUAGGACUAUCCUACAAUGCUACAACAGGCAGAUUGUCAGUUGAGAUGAUCAAAGGCAGCCACUUCCGGAACCUUGCCAUUAACAGACCACCAGAUACUUAUGGGAAACUCUGCCUUCUGAACUCUGUUGGUCAAGAAAUGUCUCGUUGCAAGACAUCUGUUCGACGAGGGCAGCCAAAUCCUAUCUACAAAGAGACAUUUAUCUUCCAAGUUGCCUUGUUCCAGCUCUCAGAUGUUACCCUGAUGAUCUCCAUCUACAAUCGCCGCAGUAUAAAGCGCAAAGAGAUGAUUGGCUGGAUUUCUAUGGGUCAGAACAGUAGUGGAGAAGAGGAGUUAAGUCAUUGGCAGGAGAUGAAGGAAUCUAAAACGCAGCAAGUGUGCAGAUGGCAUAUGCUCCUGGAGUCUUAGUGGAAACCUCAACAGUUCCAAUAGGUGCAGGGCAUUCGUCUUCCCAGCAUUUGACAUAUAAAGGACUAUUGGUUUCUAUUAUAACUGGACUUCUGAUGCUCUUUACUAAUGGAAUUAUUCUGUUAGGUUAUUGCCCUUUUAUUUUUAGUUAUAGGAAAUUGCUUGAAGUGACAGGUAGGCAAAUUGGCUCAGAACUUUAUGCUCUCCCUUCACCCACCAAGGAUUGAGAUUGAGUGUUCCAAUAUCAGCCCAGCAUCUUCACUGGUAAUGAGAUUUGCUCUUGGUCAUGUCGCUGUACAGCCAUAUUUGCUUGAGUGAGGUAUGUGCCUUUGUUGUGAGGAAAGGCUGCAGAAAUUAUCAUGAAGCAGUGAUCAUGAAAAUGGUAUACACUGGUAUCUCGGUACUCAUUGUUAAUUGGUUCUGGGAGACACAAUGAGUACAACCAAACAAAUUCUUCCCAUAAGGAAUAAUGUAAAUAAAUGUAAUGCAUUCCCAAACCAAAAACAAGGCACAUUUUAAAGGCAAUAUGUAAAAAGACAGGGUUGUAUACCAUUACUUUAUAUGAGAAAUAAACCUAACAAUUAAUAAACACUUAAAUAAAAUAAAAACUUCACUUUACCUGUACUGAUGAGGAAAAAAAGCUCAAAAAUACACAAAAUGACCACAAAAACUAAGACAAGACUGCAAGGGGAUGUGCACAGGCCAAGAGCUUCUGCGUGACUAAAUGCACCACCCUUUGUUUCACCUGGAAAGGGUAACAAGUCAUGAGGCAAACGACACCGACAAGUUCUAGCUUAUGCGUUGAGUACAAACAAAUCAUGAGUACUGGAACAAAAUUUUUGCAUCAAAAUGCACUGAGUAGCAAAUUGGAUGAGUUUCAAAGCUGUUGAGUACCAAGACACCACUGUAUUAGGACAGUUUUGUGAAAAGGUUUCAGGCCUAAUCCACUUCACUUAAGUGUAUUUGCCUCAGCUCUAAUUCUCUGACUGCAAUAAAUAAGAUGGAUUUUGAUUCCUGACAAAUAGUCACUUAAAUUUUUCUCUUUAUAAAUAUAGACUUCCCAAAGGCUUAGUUUGAACCAUGUGCACAUAUAUCCAGAAAAUAUCAGAUAUGUGUAUAUUAUCAUUAAUGCAACUUAAUCAUAAAAUGACAUUGAACCUGGAGUGUUCAGUGUCCUGCAUUUACUGUAUUUUUUUUCCAAGCUAGCUAUAUUUCAACCUGGCUGCUGUGGCUUCUAACUUUCCAUGACAGCAACGAAAUAACAUGUAGAUGUGGGUUCCAUCUAUUCCUUUUAAUAUAUAAUGUUCUUUUCUCUUAGGAGCAACCAAACACUUGUCCUUUAUAUUAGGUUCUCCAUAGGCAGGCAUACAUUAUUACUCUUAUCACCAUGGAAGCUGUGGAUCCCCUUAGCAGUUCUAGCUCUAUGAGUGCUAAAAAAGAAAUUUAAGAGACUGGAUGCCUGCAGUAUUGACAGCAGCUAUCUUGAAUCUGGUGCCAUCUGAAUGUGCAGAACUUUAAUUAUGAUGAUCUUAACUAGGAAGAAGUCUGAUCGGGAAAGGUUGGUUUUAGGAAAGUAUAGAGGUUCAGAGAUUCUUUGGAAAGAUGAUAAGACGGUGGUAAAAAAGACACCUUCCUUUGUUAUGCUGAAUUCCAGAGGAGACUCUGAAGUGUGCUCAAGUACCUUUUGACCAGUGAUCUCUCCUGAUAGUUGACUUCUCUGAAAGGCUACACAGGAACCUCUACUACAGCAUGCAAAAAA